AAAAUAGAUCGCCGCAGUCGCGCAGAUGUCGCACAGUUUCAAAUCACUGUGCUUAAAUAGGCCCAGCUACUCUUACGUAAGACUAUAUACGAUUAUUUUCUCCAUGUCCAGUGAUAUCGGUGGAUAACUGUUUGAAGAAGGCACCGUUUCCAUCACUUGCUGUAUUUUUUUCCACCAGUCUCUUUUCCACUAGUUGGCUUCCGGGUGUGUGGGACGUGCGGCUCGUUUUCUCCAGCUCCGCAUGCCUCAACACAAAGGUUUCCAUCACGGCGCUACUAUUUCUUACUUUUGUGUAUGAAGUGUAUAGACUCCUCAUGUGGGAAAAAAGCUUCAUUUUCAAUGUAUAGAUCCAGGGAAGUCCCAUUUCGCCUGUCGUGAGUUUAGAUUAGACAUUUCCAUUCUGUGAGGAUUGCCUGCCGUUCGCGUUAGUUGAGCUCCGGAAAAUAUGGAACAACUUUUGUUACUAACAAUUUCUGUGGUUUUAACGGCGGGUGCCCGGACACCGCCGGCCAUUGACAACUACAGUGAAUAUACCACCCUACGCGCCGUGCUGACAGACUUCGACGUGUUGCCUCUCUCUGGCGUCCAGGCCCACUCAGUCCACCGCCGCGACACUCGGACACAGACAACAACACACCUGGAGCGGCUCAUCAGCUUCAAUGCCCUGCACAGGCAUUUCAAGCUGUACCUGCGGACCAACACAGAGCUCUUCACAGAGGACUUUAAGGUUGUUGUCAUCGACAGUGAUGGCCAGGAGAAAGGCUAUGAGGUCAACAGACAGAACUACUUCACGGGACAUGUCAUUGGGGAGGAGAACUCUCGGGUCCAGGCCCAUAUGGAUGGAGAUGAGUUCUCAGCCCGCAUUAUGACCCACGACGCAGAAUACAACCUGGAGCCUCUGUGGAGGUUCACCACAGCACCUCCAGACGGCCGUCUGCUGGUGUAUCGCUCGGAGGACAUCAGGAAUAUCAGCAGGCUGGCCCGGCCCAACGUCUGCGGCUACGUGCACCCCGACCCCGGGCACCUGCUGCCUGACGACAUGGGGGCGACCCUGGGGGCCAAGCAGAAAGAGGAGGCCGGCGGCAGAGGGAAAAGGCAGGUGUACGACCACACGAAGAACACCUGUCCCCUGCUCUUGGUGGCUGACCACCGGUUCUUCGAGAACAUGGGCCGCAGUGAAGAGAGCACCACGCUCAACUACCUGAUCGAGCUCAUUGAUCGGGUGGAUGACAUCUACAGGAACACAUCCUGGGACGAAGAGUUCAAAGGUUAUGGCGUUCAGAUCCAACAGAUUAUCAUCGAGAAGGCUCCCACCUCAGUCCCCGAUGGAGGGGCCCACUUCAACAUGAAAGCAGGCGUCUGGGACGUCAAGAGACUGCUGGAGCAGUUCAGUCAGGACAUAGCGGAAAAUGCCUCCCAGGUGUGUCUGGCUCACCUGUUCACCUACCAGGACUUUGACGAGGGCACCCUGGGCCUGGCCUACGUCGCCCCCGCUAAGACUGGCGUUCCUGGAGGACUGUGCUCCGAGAAAUGCCCACCGUCUCCGUCCAGUGGGCACAGAGCGAUCUACCUCAACACUGGACUGACCAGCACCAAGAACUAUGGGAAAACCAUCCUCACCAAGGAGGCAGACCUGGUGACCACCCACGAGCUGGGCCAUAACUUCGGGGCGGAACACGACCAGGACAACACCCCAGAGGGAUGCGCCCCAAGUGAGGACCAGGGGGGGAAGUACGUCAUGUACCCCAUCGCCGUCAGUGGAGACCACGUCAACAACAAGCUGUUCUCUGAGUGCAGCAGGCGGUCCAUCGUGAAGCGUCUGAGGCUGAGGGCGCCGACCUGCUUCAAGGAGCGCAACAGCAACGUCUGCGGGAACUCCCGGGUGGAGCAGGGCGAGGAGUGCGACCCCGGCCUGCUGCACAUCAACAAGGACCACUGCUGCACCUCCGAAUGCAAACUGAGGCUCACUGCCCAGUGCAGUGACAGGAACAGCGCCUGCUGCAAUGACUGUCACUUUGAAGCGGAGGGCAAGGUUUGCCAGGAACCCAUCGACGCCACAUGCAAGGGAAACUCCUCCUGCACAGGGAACAGCAGCGAGUGUCCCCCGCCGGAGAACGCUCCGGACAAGACGUUGUGUCUGGACAACGGAGAGUGUGCGGACGGGCAGUGUGUUCCCUUCUGCGAGGCGGUGCUCAGCCUGCAGUCCUGCGCCUGUAACGAAACCAACUCUUCCUGUAAGACGUGUUGUCGGAAUCUGCGGGGAGUGUGCGCCCCCUACCAGGACCAAACCGGCAGUUUCCAGUUCCUGCGUAAAGGGAAACCAUGCACCGUGGGAUUCUGUGACGGAGCGGGGAAGUGUAUGAAGCAGGUACAGGACGUGAUCGAGCGUCUGUGGGACUUCAUCGACAAGCUGGACAUCAACACGUUUGGCAAGUUCCUGGCGGACAACAUCGUGGGCUCGGUGGUGGGCUUCUCCCUCAUCUUCUGGGUCCCUCUCAGCAUCCUGGUCCACUGUGUGGACAAGAAGCUCGACCGGCAGUUUGAGCAGAACACCAAAACCAUGUUCUUCCCCAGUAACGCAGAGCUCCUGAGCAGCCUGGAGCCAGCCACCAUGCAGUUCUUCAAACCCCUUCACCCCUCCUCCGGAUACCGCUUCUACCCUCCCUCGGGACCCCUACAGACCAGCACCCCCCCCUUUUCAAGCCCCGCCCUUUUCCUGCCUCCCAGCCAAUCGCACCCUCAGUCGCUCUCCGGCCCUGGACUAGCCCCGUUGGACAGCCCGAACAUCAUGGCAACAAUCCAGGAAGACCCGUCUCUGGACCCCCACCUGGAGCAGGAUGUGCUGGAGAAGGCCUUCUCUAGGGGGGUGGGGGGGCACAUGGGGGCGGCCCGCUCGUUUGAGGACCUGACGGGGCACGCCCUGGCCGGACGCAGCGACAAGGCCCAGUCCUUCAGGCUGCAGCGGCAGAGACGCAUCAACAGCAAGGAGACCGAGUGCUGAGGCAGAGAGCUGGGGCACCUGGGAAAACGGUUCUUUGGGAAUAGUGUUAAGGAGUCCAUGCACGUUGUUAUUUUUUUUUUUCACGGUUCAUUUGGACGGCAGAGAUUGUAACGCCAAAUUGUCAACGAGGGAGGAUUUUUAUCUAUUUUCUUAUUUUUCUAUUUAGAAAAAAAAGAACAAUCGCACAUUUGAAUCAAUUAACAUUCAGACCCUGUAACCAGUGUUAAUAUUUUAUAAUCCCAAUCCGGUAUCAGACAUAUGGUCCAAUUUUAUUGGAUUUCACCAGUGUCACAGAAAUGGUUUUCUAUAAAAUGUUAUAACACGUUACAUACGCAUAAGAAAUGACAUAGUGGAAAUCAAAGCCAUAUAUCUUAAUCUAGCAAGUGAAUAGAAUCCCAGUGUGUUUGUGUGAGCCCUUGGUAGCACAGAUUUACACAUAAUGCCAUAUGCCUAUAAUUAUGCCCAUUAAGCUGGGUUAAAAGGCAUACCGCUUGGUUCGUUUUAACAGAAGCCUGGUCAGCAUUACAGAGAGAAUCAGUUCGCUAGACAGGCUUGAAUACCAAAGAAAGGAUUUUGAGGAUACAACUGACAAAGCUUUAUUUUGAAGGAAAAAUCACAGGAAUUCCUACUGUCUUGAUAAUGUUAUCCGUGGUACCACUUUCAGGUUAAAUUAAUCUGUGUUCCCUUUGUGGUACUAUUUAGUAAUUUAGCAGAUGCUUCAAUCCUGAUCAUCUUACUUAGUUUCGACAUAUGUUUCUAAGUGUAUAGGGGGUAAGGCAUCAAGGUUGUUUGCUUGUUUUUUAAACGAUUUAUGAUGACUAUAUGCUCUGUAAGGUGACCUUGGGUGUCUUGAAAGGCACCUCUAAAUUAAAUGUAUUAUUAUUAUUAUUAAGGUGGACAUUAGGGUUUAAACCCAGAGACCUUCUGCUUGGAAGCCACAAUCCUAACCACAAGCUAAUCCUGCCACGUUUUGGGAUUGUUUAAAGAGGCUAAGAAUUGUAUGUGGCUGCACUACAAUACUAAAAGCAUUUGAAUGCUUCAAACUACUUCUUUAAGGCCAUAUCGCGAACACUACGCUAUGGAGAAGUUGGCUGUUAGCACUUUUCACACUUUAUUAUUAUUUUUGUAGUAUUUUAAUUGUACUCAUACUGAUAAAUAUGGUUUACACAUUGUGGGCAAAUUGUGAAUGUUGUGUUCACAUGUCAUGUUACAUGAUGACAUCAUGUCUUAAGGUCUGUUCAUAUGAUAAAGCCUACGUGUCAUUUAUUUACCUCCAUGCGGUCUUUGACAAUACUUUGUGACAGUCCCCUUGUUGUUGUGAUGCGGGUCAGAGUGCUAUUAUACCAACCACCACAGGUCAUUGGAGUAAUAAAAGCUGUUAGCAUAGUAAUGUCUGUCCUUGACUGUGAUGGCUGCCAUUUGUUAUCUACUCAUUCCCCUGCCCUGACCCACCAAUGUAGCUGUAACCUUGUGGUUUUCAACACAUGAUCUUAUGGUUUGAUGUAUUUUAUCCCAAUCGUUCAGUCAUCGAGUAUAGAACUCUAAAUUGGUGGCAGGGUUUGUCGUAUCGUAAACAACCUUUUUUUUUGCAAUAUACUUUUUAAUAAAUCGGAUGUGGUUGUAUGUUA